CUCAGUGGUGGGGUUCCCGGGGCGGGGCGCCGAGUCCCUGCGCACUGUCAGCUGGCGUCAGCUACUGCCCCACACUCCACUCCGAGAUGUCAGCGAGGAAGCGCGUGGCGAGGGAGCUGGAGGAUCUGCAGAGCCAGCUUCCCCCGUACCUGCGGAACCUGGUCAGUGAAGAUGCCAACGUCAUGGUGUGGCACGUGCUCCUCCUGCCCGACCAACCACCUUACAACCUGAGAGCCUUCAACCUGCGCAUUGAUUUCUCUGAGGAGUAUCCAUUCAAGCCCCCCAAACUGAAAUUCACAACGAAUAUCUACCACCCCAACGUGGAUGAGAACGGAGAGGUGUGCCUGCCCAUUAUCACCAAGAAGUAUUGGAAGCCAUGCACCAAGACCUGCCAAGUCUUGGAGGUCCUCAACGUGCUGGUGAAUAAACCGGAACUAGAUCAGCCUCUGCGGGUGGAUCUUGCUGACCUGCUGGCACAGAACCCAAAGCAGUUCAAUGAGAAUGCCGAAAAGUUCACCCUUCUCUUUGGAGUGGAGCGGCCCACCUAAACCUGACCCUUCUGUGCUCUGGGUCCUGUUGGCAUGGUGGACAGACACACCUCAUGGACUGCGGGUCUGGGCCCUCAUUCCCUGCCUGUUCUUUCCUUCCUAGGUUGUUAGUUGUUUGUUUGGGGUUGGGUGGGGGGCCCCCAGGUGUGUGUAUGGUGUGUGGAUCCCCUCCCAGGCUCACCUGGCCACAGGUGUGCCCCUCCCCACUCCCUUUCCUGCCCACAGAUCCAGGGGAGUUGAGGUUUGCAGAGUUGCAGGCCAGUCCUCCUCCAGCACUCUGUGAUGUGGGAAUCCUGCCCUCACACUGUCCCUCAGUUUUGGAGAGAUGAGUUCAAACCAGCUGCAGUGAAUGAGCCCAGUAGCCAACUAGCAUCCCCCUGGGACCCAGGCAUUAUUAGGGGGCUGGAGGAAAUGGAGCAGAUGAGUGGGAGGCGGGGCGUGGGGAGGGAAUCAUAUUUACAAUGGAAUGAUUUGCUGAUUGAGUGAUUGUAAUCCCCCAGCCUACUGACUACUGAUAGACAUGCACAGAUUUAGGCGUUAAGCCUUUUUCUUUCCAUGGAUGCACCACAAACUGUAAGAAUCUCACUUCUGUUCUGGACACUUGACUACUUGCUUUCAGAACCCAUUAGGCUGCCAGUGCCUGGGACCAGGCCUCAGGGCUCAGCAGUGCCCCUCCCAGCAUCCAGUCCAGGGGAGCCGUGGAAACCCAUGGGAAUGCAUAGCCAUGAAAGUCCUGAGGAAUUCUGCAAUCCGGCUGAGUCCUCAUUGAGCGGGUGGGAUGAUUUCAUGGCGGGGGUGGGGUGAGCAAGCGAAGACUGGGGAGGGAGGACUUAGCUGCCAUCUCAUAAUGGUGUAGCCCUGCUUCCCAUGAGCUGACAGCUUGCCUGGCCUUGAAACUUGUGUACCCUAAACACUGUGGGGAAAGCUAGCUAUGAUAGAAUGGGCCAUCCUUGGCCAGAGGGGCCUUUGAAAGGUCCACAGGGUAGCAUCCCCAUUUUAUAGAUGAGGCAACUGAGGCCCAGAGUGCUGCAGUGGAUUGCCUGGGUCCACCACACUGCUGAUCAAGGAGCUCAGGUGGCGCAAUUGUUAACCGUUCGGCUGCUAACUGAAAGGUCAUGGUUCAAACCCACCAGCGACUCUGUGGAAUAAAAGACCUGUCAAUCUGUUCUCA